AUGGAGAAGCGAAGUAUGAAGAAGCGACGUAUGGAGAGGCGAAGAAAUUGGAGUAGUGGCGAAUCCGAACCCGAAGAAAUAGAUGCUGCAAAUUUUGACAUAACAGAUUUGAAUAUCGAAGAUCCUAAUUCUUGGUCUGCCUUUGAUAUUAUUCAUGAUAGUCAUUUUUAUCCAUCUGUCAAAGACUUUAGUGGCACAUCAAAAAUUUCCGAAAAUGUUCUUUUGGAAGGCAAUGAACCGAUUGAUUACUUUCAGUGGUUUUUCGACAUACCUCUGCUUCAAUUGAUAGUAACGGAAUCUAAUCGGUAUCAAAUUCAAAAUCCAGAACCUUAUCAUGCCAAAAUGAAGGCAUGGGAGCCUCUAACAGUGGAAGAAUUACGCAAAUUUCUUGCCCUCUCAAUUUUAAUGGGACACGCCAGAAAGGGUAAUUUAAAAGAUUAUUGGAGUACUGAUCCAUUGUUGUCAACUCCAAUAUUCCGAGAAGUGAUGACCAGAAAUAGAUAUUUGCAGAUUUUGAAGUAUAUACAUUUUCAGGAUAACGAAGAAAUAACAGACCAUCCACUGAAAAAAGUGGAACCCAUUAUAGAUUAUCUUCAAGAUAAAUUUUCGAACACGAUUAUUCCCGGCAAAAAUUUAUGUAUUGAUGAGAGUCUCUUGUUGUGGAAAGGUAGACUAAAGUUCAAACAAUACCUCCCGUUAAAAAGAAAUCGUUUUGGCAUCAAACUUUUUGAAUUAGUAGAUUGCCAAACCGGUUUUAUAUUGAAUUUCAUCGUGUACACUGGGGAAAAUACUGAUUACAAAAAGUUUGGCUUGGGAAUAACUGGUGACAUUGUUGCUCAUUUUCUGAAACCAUACUUUGGGAAAGGCCAUGUUGUGUACGUCGACAACUGGUACUCAUCCGCUCAGUUGGCAGAAUUUUUACACGAUCGCGAUACGGGACUCUGCGGAACAGUGAAAUCUAACCGGAAAGGUUUACCGAAAAUGGAAUCAAAAUUACAACGGGGUGAAGUAGAGGCUGCUCAUACUGUUUGCUGGCUUCUCAUCAAAUGGAUGGACAAAAAGGAAGUCUAUAUGAUUACCACAGUUCACGAACUUGAUUUCUGUGCAACUGGUAAAAAAAACUUCCGUACUAACGAAGACAUUGUCAAACCAACUUGUGUUGUUGAGUACAAUCGAAAUAUGGGCGGCAUUGACAACAUUGACAGGCAGUUGUCUUUGACAGAAUCUGUACGAAAAUCAAUGAAGUGGUACAGGAAGUUGUUUUUCCACUUGAUGGAUUUAGCACUCACUGCAGCUUACUCAUUAUAUAAAAUGAACAAUGAGUAUCUGUCAUUUCCGAAAUUUCGGCUGGAAGUUAUUCGAUCCAUUUUGGGAAUAUCUUCUUUUGAAAGUAUACCUCGACAUUCUGGACUCUCACGAUUGACAGGUAAUCAUUUUCCAAAAUUAGGUAAUUCUGAUCGACGCUGCCAAGUGUGUUCUCUCAAGGGAACUAGAAAAAGAACGAAAUAUUACUGUUCAACUUCUACAACUGCCUUAUGCGUAACUCCCUGUUUCGAAAAGUACCAUAGAUUUGAAAUUCUCGGAUAA